CCAGGUCACCCUGCCUGCCUCGCGAAGUCUGCCUGAUCCGCCUCUUGCUGAGGCCAGCACCCAUCGCGGCGCAGCACCCUGGACAGCGCACCUGGACCUCGGUGCGGCUCUCCCGGGGCGCUCCCGCCUCCCGCCUCCUCCCUCUGACUCCAUCCCGCUCCCGCCCACAGUCUGCUUGGCACCCUCGCGGCUCUGCCGCCUCCCUCGCUCCCUCCCACUUCCCCUCCGCCACCCCUCACCCGUCCCCGCCGGGCUCCUCGCCCUCAAAGACUCCCGGCGCUCUGCGCGUCCCAGUCUCCGGGCUGCGGACCCUCCGGCUCGGUCCCUAUCUCCUCUGCGCGGCUUCCUGAGCAUCGCCACAGCUCGAAGCCCCAGCUCCGACACACGCGCGCACACGCAAACACGCGUGUCCCGUCCCGGGGUCUCCCACUGCUCACACGCGCGCGGCGAAGCCAGAUCGGUGGCCGGCAGCCGCAGUCGGAGGAGCGCUCCGCCUCGCGCCGCCCAUGGCCUCCCCAGGCUCCGGCUUCUGGUCCUUCGGGUCUGAGGAUGGCUCUGCGGACCCCGAGAACCCCAGCACAGCGAGAGUCUGGUGCCAGGUGGCCCAGAAGUUCACCGGCGGCAUCGGAAACAAGCUGAGCGCCCUGCUCUACGGAGACGCGGACAAGCCCGCCGACAGCGGCGAGAGCGUGGCCCCGCGGGGCUCUGCCCGGAAAGUCGCCUGCACCUGCAACCAGAAACCCUGCAGCUGCCGCAGCGCGAAGGUCAACUACGCCUUUCUGCACUCAACAGAUCUGCUGCCAGCAUGUGACGGAGAAAGGCCCACUUUGGCAUUUUUGCAAGAUGUUAUGGACAUUUUGCUUCAGUAUGUGGUGAAGACUUUCGAUAGAUCAACCAAAGUCAUUGAUUUUCAUUACCCUAAUGAGCUUCUUCAAGAGUAUAAUUGGGAACUGGCAGAUCAACCACAAAAUUUGGAGGAAAUUUUGAAGCAUUGCCAAACAACUCUAAAAUAUGCAAUUAAAACAGGGCAUCCUAGAUAUUUCAAUCAGCUUUCCACUGGGUUGGAUAUGGUUGGAUUGGCCGCAGACUGGCUGACAUCAACAGCAAACACUAACAUGUUCACCUAUGAGAUUGCUCCUGUGUUUGUGCUUUUGGAAUAUGUCACACUGAAGAAGAUGAGAGAAAUCAUUGGCUGGCCAGGAGGCUCUGGUGAUGGAAUAUUUUCUCCUGGGGGCGCCAUCUCCAACAUGUACGCCAUGCUGCUGGCGCGCUACAAGAUGUUCCCUGAGGUCAAGGAGAAGGGCAUGGCUGCCGUGCCCCGGCUCGUCGCCUUCACGUCGGAGCACAGUCAUUUUUCUCUCAAAAAGGGAGCUGCAGCCUUGGGGAUUGGAACAGACAGCGUGAUUCUGAUUAAGUGUGAUGAGAGAGGGAAAAUGAUCCCAUCUGAUCUUGAAAGAAGAAUCCUUGAAGUCAAACAGAAAGGAUUUGUUCCUUUCCUUGUGAGUGCCACAGCUGGAACCACUGUGUAUGGAGCAUUUGAUCCUCUGUUAGCUGUGGCUGACAUUUGCAAAAAGUACAAGAUCUGGAUGCACGUGGAUGCAGCUUGGGGUGGAGGAUUAUUGAUGUCCCGGAAACACAAGUGGAAGCUCAGCGGUGUGGAGAGAGCCAACUCUGUGACAUGGAAUCCACACAAGAUGAUGGGCGUCCCUUUGCAGUGCUCGGCUCUCCUGGUUAGAGAAGAGGGAGUGAUGCAGAGUUGCAACCAGAUGCACGCCUCCUACCUCUUUCAGCAAGACAAACACUACGACCUGUCCUACGACACUGGGGACAAAGCCCUGCAGUGCGGACGCCACGUGGAUGUCUUUAAACUAUGGCUCAUGUGGAGGGCAAAGGGGACUAUUGGAUUCGAAGCACAUAUUGACAAGUGUCUGGAGCUGGCAGAGUAUUUAUACAAUAUCAUAAAAAACCGAGAGGGAUAUGAAAUGGUGAUUGAUGGGAAGCCUCAGCACACAAAUGUCUGCUUCUGGUAUGUGCCACCCAGCUUGCGUGCUCUAGAGGACAACGAGGAGAGAAUGAGUCGCCUUUCAAAGGUUGCCCCAGUGAUUAAAGCCCGAAUGAUGGAGCAUGGGACCACAAUGGUCAGCUACCAACCCUUGGGAGACAAGGUCAAUUUCUUCCGCAUGGUCAUCUCAAACCCUGCAGCAACUCACCAAGACAUUGACUUCCUGAUUGAAGAAAUAGAGCGCCUUGGACAAGAUUUAUAAUAACCUAACUCGCCAAGCUGUUUCAAUUCUCUAGGUAGACAAUUAAGUUGCCACAAACUGUGUAAAUGUAUUUGUAGUUUGUUCCAAAGUAAAUCUAUUUCUAUAUUGUGGUGUCAGAGUAGAGUACUAUUUAAAAAUUUAAAGAAAUAAACACUGCUCCUUUAAAAAUUCCUUUCUUAAGUUUAGAACACCUAUAUUAAUUAGUGACAACAGGCUGUGUUCUAAUCAAUAAGGAAAAGCUUUAAAUUGUUAUAAAUAUUUCCCUUGCUUUUAAUAUUGUGUGCAAAUCAAACUUUAUUUUCUCUUCAAAGUAGUAAGAUUGAAUAGUGCCAAACUGCCCCUGAAUCAUAAAAGGUUCUUUGGGGUACAGUGAAAAGGAUAAAGUAAUUAAAAUGUAUGUUGACAAUUUAAAACUCUUGCCUUUUGCAUAGUAUUAGAAAAAAUUUCUAAUUUACUUAUAAUAACAUUUCAAAUGUAUUUAAAUACAUAUAAUUUUACAAAAGGAAAAUAUAUAUAUUAAAAAGAAUUCCUAUUUUGUAACACAUAGAUUUUUAUUUUUUAUGGGUUAUACAAACUUCAGGGGCAGAUAUUAAACCUAAGCCAGAUUUUUUUUUCUCUUUCUUUAAAUAGAGGCACAAUAAAAUACUUAGCGAGGUUAUUUUAACACAUAGGCCCACAAAGUUCUUCAAAUGUAUAAUUCCUUCUUUCAGUACACUUACAGCUUAAUCACAUCACUAAAAUUAUUGUUUCAAAACAGACACAAAAAAUACAGCAGGUUGAUAAAAAUAAUUGAUCAGAUCAACAAUUAAGAUUCUCUUUCCACUUAAAAUUUCCCAGCUAGUUUCUCCUAGCAGGCCCACUCUGGGACAUGAGAAGCCAGGCUUCAUCUUAGAUUAGAUUAGGAGAAUCAUCUCUAUUCUGCUGUCCAGUUUGACCUGUUUAGAACAAAAGGUUGAUGCUGAUUUUUAAGGCAUCUUCCCAAACAGUAUUCUUUUAUUAGAUCAUUUGAAUUAACUAGAGAAAAGAUAAAACCUAGUCAACCUGAGCAAAUAACAAUGAAUGUGAUGAGCCCAGAAUAUUAAACUCGGCCUUGUGAGAUGAGAUCUCUGUGUGACAGUAACGACAUCACCUGGGUGCCAUAUUGCUACUGUCCAGGAGUCCUUUACUUCCUGGGUGGUUGGUUGUAUAUCCUCCUUUCCUCCCCAUUUCUUUACACAAAGGUCUCAUCCUGCCAAACUCUCUAUCACUGGGAUGCCAAGUAAUUAAUUCAUAGUCCUGGAAGUUACCUGCCUUUUGUAAAGGGAGCUCUUCACUCUAGAUUUUGAGAUAUCCUAAGACCUUCUUGUAUCUGUUUCUGACCAAGGCUCGAAGCAACCAGAAUAUACAGCAGUGUUCAGAAUUCAAAAUACUAUUUUAAAAUCAUCUCUCUUUCCCUGCAAACGUGGUGGAGAGGCAGGAGCUAACACAAGCUAUUGUGGUUACUUCUGGGGCCACAGUCAGACUCCAAAUGCUGGCAAGAGAGCUUCAAUCUUAUAUGCACACAUUGCAGACAUGUAUCCAGAAACAUUCUACCUUUUUUAUAUGAAAAGGGCAGCUCAGUAAUUAGAAAAAUUACAGGUACAGAAGAAGGAAGACUUUGUUCUUUAGCAUAUAAAAAUACCCCAUAAUAUAACCACAGGAUGCAACCACCUGAAAUCAUGAGUUUGCAUCUCCUUUAUUUCUUUCAGGUUAUGUACAAAUUGCUAAUAAUUGAUAUGAAAAUGGCUUCAGGCUUUCUUUGUCUAGGAAGUAAAUGGGUUCCCUUUGGCAAUUGAAAAAAGAAUCCGUGUUGCAGAAUUCCAUGAAGGAACAGCGUCCCAUUUCAGGCUUUCUCUAACAGAGAAGAACCCAUUUCCUCCCUAGAAAUGGUACAAAGAAUAAAGCACACAAUUGACCAUGCAUCUCACGCCUCCUGCUCCCAGGUCUCAUUUCAGAGAAAGAAGCAUUAGUUUACCAAACCCGCUCUUUCACUUAGAGAAGACAGGAGGCCUGGUGUCUUGAUGGACUAGCUCUUUUCUGCUUUGGGACCUUGAGGAGCCAAUGUUAUAACAGAAGCUGCUUCUUAGCUUGGUGAGGUGACAGAAUUUAAAAGAAGUUGUGCCUGACUUUGAAAUCUAGCAAAAUAAUUUUUACCAACAGAUUGUCUCUCCUAAUUCCAGCCCACUCCAUGUUAUUUCGUUUUGUGGGAACCUAGGAAAAUCCUCACCAACAGUAGCCCUGAAAAAGAACCAAACAAGAACUAAUGGGUCUCAGCAGUUUAGUAAAUAUUCUUUAAGGUACAUUGGUAACUCACUCCACAAAGGGAGGGAGGGAAGAAAGAAAAGAGGAACCAAAGAAAGGAAGAAAGAAAGAGAGAGGGAGAUGGUUUUGAACAUCAGCCCAAAUUCCUUGUGCCAAAGGUCUUUAUGUGAGACCAUAUUUUAUAAAUUUUAGAAGUGUUUGGUUUUAGCUUUAAUCAGAAAUAACAUGGCCAUUUUUAUUUAUACAGCAAUAUUGUGUUCUUUAUUUCUAUUACUUGAACAAAGUAUAAGUAUGUCUUUAUCUGAGAAUUACAAAUGAUAUGUACUUCAUGUACUGUCACAGGGUAUAAGGAAACCAAUUAUGUGUGUGGCUGUUUUGCCUUUAUUAUAUUGAUAGUAUUGUCUUGUCACCUCAAAUUGGGGUUGUGCACUUUGUAUAUGAACUGUACAGUAUUGCAAUGGACGUGUUGCUGUAACAGCUUGUACAAUAUAUUAUUGGUUUGUCUUCUAUGUGGUAGCUGUAUUGAACUUUGAUAUUAUAAGAACUCCAUUUGCACCUUUCUCUUGCUCUUCCUCUCUCUCUCUCUCUCUCUCUCCCUCUCUCUCUCUCUCUCUCUCUCUCUCUCUCUCUCUCUCUCUCUCUCUCCUCAUCCUCCUCCAAACUGUAUGCCCUCCAUAUCAGCUCUAAUAGAGAACAUGCUGUCGGCUAAGCCUCCUCCUGAGCAAUUGCCUUUGAGAAAUGUGUGAUUUCACAAAAUGCAAGGUGACACUACUUUGUCUCUGAGAAUGGUAGAAAACAGAUAUGGAGUGUCAUAAACUGCCAACAUGGCAGGUGUUGGUUCUGCUGGGCCCUGGAGUACCUGCUGCUCCUUAGAAUACUGACAAUGAAAGCACAGGUGUAAAUAUAGUAGCGGGAAAUGCAUCAAGGAAGCUCAAACUGGAUGUCAUCUUGCAUGUGCUCUUCUGUUUUCAAGUGCUAAAAGCAAAUGCCGUGUAAUUAUUAGUACUGUGUGCCAAAUACUGUUCCCAAUUGGUGUUUCUGAGCAACAUCAGCAUUCUCCUGGCAUCACUCCAUUACUAAAGACAGAAAAAAUUUAAAAAGAAAAUACACAAAUAUUCAUCAAGCUGUUCUUCUUACCAAAUAUAAACUUGUGUAUGAUCCAAGUAUUUUAUCUGUGUUGUCUCUCUAAACCCAAAUAAAUGUGUAAAUGUGGACGUA